AUGUUUUCAAGAGUGGUUCCAGGAUGCUUUGGGAAUACUUCCCUACAGAAGUUAGAUUUUAGCUCAAACAAAUUGAUUUCUCAUAUACCCUCUUCUCUUCGGAGUCUCAAAGAUAUCUUGAUCUUAGACAUAUCAUCCAAUGAAUUGAGUGGGACAAUUUCACCAGAGGUAUCAAACUUGAGAACAAUUAUACUAUUGGACUUAUCAAGAAAUCAAAUUUCAGGAAGCAUCCCUAAAAGUAUGGGUAGUUUGCAAACUUUGCAGAACUUAUCUUUGGCCCAUAACAAAUUACAAUGGCCUAUUCCUGAAUUGCUUGGUGGCAAGAUAAACAAAGAGUUCUUGGAUAUUUCUGAAAAUUAUUUUUCAGAUGUCAUACAAGGGUUGAAAAUAAUGAUUGAUGUGGCAACUGCUUUAGAGUAUCUUCAUCAUGAUUCUUCUACACAAGUUGUUCAUUGUGAUGUGAAACCAAACAAUGUUUUGUUGGAUGAAGAUAUGGUGGCUCAUCUUAGUGAUUUUGGCAUUGCUAAAUUGUUUGGAGAAGGACAAUUGAAAAGUUAUACCAAAACUUUGGCUACAAUUGGAUAUAUGGCCCUAGAAUAUGGAUCUAAAGGAGUUGUUACUGUCAAAGGAGAUGUGUAUAGUUAUAGUAUUUUGCUAAUGGAAAUCUUUACAAGAAGCUGA